AUGCCACAAACAACUUUGACAAAGCCAAUAAGAUUGGAGAAGGGCCUUCUAUCAGAUGGCACCGUAAUUGCUGUCAAGCAGCUUUCUUCCAAAUCAAAGCAAGGGAAUCGUGAAUUUGUGAAUGAGAUAGGCAUGAUUUCUGCUCUGCAACAUCAUCAUCUUGUCAAGCUUCACGGAUGCUGUAUUGAAGGAAAUCAACUAUUGCUUGUCUAUGAGUACAUGGAAAAUAAUAGCCUUGCUCGUGCUUUGUUUGGGCCAGAACAAAGUCAGUUGAAGUUGGAUUGGCCAACAAGGCACAAGAUCUGUGUUGGUAUAGCUAGAGGUUUGGCUUACCUCCACGAGGAAUCAAGAUUGAAGGUCGUUCAUAGAGACAUCAAGGCUACUAAUGUGCUGCUUGAUGAAAAUCUUACCCCAAAGAUAUCUGACUUUGGAUUGGCCAAGCUUGAUGAAGAGGAUAAUACACACAUUAGCACCCGUAUUGCUGGAACUUAUGGAUAUAUGGCACCCGAAUAUGCAAUGCGGGGUUAUCUGACUGACAAAGCAGAUGUUUAUAGCUUUGGAAUUCUUGUAUUGGAAAUUGCUAGUGGGACAAACAACUCCGGUUACCGUUCAAAGGAAGAAAGCUUUUAUCUUCUUGAUUGGGCACAUCUACUGAAAGAGCAAGGGAAUUUGAUGGACCUAGUGGAUCCAAGGUUGGGCUCAGACUUCAACAAAGAAGAGAUGAUGCGUACAAUCAAUGUGGCUCUCCUUUGCUGCAAUGCCACUUCAACAAUUAGGCCUACCAUGUCUUCAGUUGUGAGCAUGCUUGAAGGCAGGGCUGCUAUUCAGAUAUUGGUCUCAGAUCCAAAUGCAUCAAAUAAUGAGAUGGAUGCAAUGGGGAAACAUUUUGAAUCCAUUUUGGGAAUGAACACCAGUGAGAGCCAGAUACAAACUGCAUCAAGUCAAGGUCCCUUGACCGGUUGA